AUUUCUUGUUUUUUCACAGAAAUGCAAAGAUAAUCGUCUACACUAUAUUCAGGAAGCAUCAAAAACUAAUUCAUUUAAAGUAUCUCUAUCUCUACAGCCAAUUUUCUUUACAUCAUUUGAUCGCAACCACUACUAUGCCAUUGAAAAUAGGACAAAAACGGAAAUUGCAGCCAAAAUAGAGGAAAAGAUGCAACAGCUCCUAGAUUUAGACUACGAUGCUGGAGAGGACAUGAGAGUGAAAUGGAUGAAAGAAAUCAAGAAUGCUUCAAAGAAACUAUACAUUAAAUUCUUUAAGGAUCUGACAGAAUUGGUGAAAAAUGCACUGGAUGUAAUUGACGAUGAAGGGCAGGCAGCUGAUGAGGCACUUAAGACGUAUAAAGCCAAGAUGGAUGACCUUGUAGUUUACGUACAUGGCCGACAUCCUCCCCGCAAAUCCACAAGUUCCCGUCCUAGAGCUGCGUUGCCUGAGGGAAUUGUCUCCACCCCUCGGGCCGUAUAUCUCCCUCCCAUAAGAGUCCAUCACCACAGGUCAGCCGGUGCAGCCGGCUCAACAGCUCAAGUAGCUCUUGUAACAGCAGUGGAGGUGCUAGCCCCAAGCAGGACACCUCAGCUGAGGAGGUGCCUUCUGUUGUUGUCCCCGUACAGCCUUCCUCUUUGA